AUGAGCAGCAACAUUGGCAUACCCAUCAAGUUACUUCAUGAAGCAGAAUCACACAUCAUAUCACUCGAAACAAAAUCUGGUGAAAUCUAUCGAGGAAAUUUAGUGGAAGCUGAAGAUAGUAUGAAUGUUCAGCUUACCGAUGUAACUGUAACACAUAGAAACGGACAACAAUCAUCCAUGAAUACUGUUUACAUACGAGGAAGUAAAAUUCGGUUCUUUGUAUUGCCAGAUAUUUUACAAAAAGCUCCGAUGUUCAAGGUUGUUGACUCUGCUGUUAAAGGUCAAGGUAGAGGUUACGGAUCACAAACUAAAGUUAAUAGAGGAUCGGGCGUCGGAUUAGGAUUUGGAGUUGGACGUGGACGGCUCCAAGCUAGAGGUGGCGGUAGAGGAGGUGGUGGUAGAGGCGGUGGACAAAAUAGAUAA